AUGCGCUUCCAGGAGGAAGAGUUUAUGGAUGGUGUUGUGUAUGCAAGUAUCCACAAUCUUGAUGUUCCUAUUGCUGCUGACCGUAACAGAGGGCCACCACGAGUGGUAGGUUCUGUGUCAGAUUUGUCUGGAGUAUCCGCAUCUACGUCAGUGCCGGUGUCAACGUCCGCAUCAGCGGCAGGAUCAACGUCUGCGCCUGCACCAUCAGUUCCCGCGCACAUUCCAGCGCCUGCACCAUCAGUUCCCGCACACGUUCCAGUGCCCGCACCAUCAGUUACCAUGCAAAUUCCAGCCCCCGAAUCGGUCAUGUAUUCACCCCAAGGUGCAUAUGACGUGAAAAACGCGGUCCACAAAGCUGUCGUGAAGGCAGCUAGUGAGAUUGUGAUGCGAGACGCAUUAAAUAAGUGUUGCUUACCGACAACCUCCGAAAAGCAAGCUACAGCACGUCAGGCACUUCUCGAUUCAUGUCAUGUAUCAACAAAAGACUGGGCCGUCCAAAACUUGGGCGCGCUAUAUAAAACGGUCACCGUGCCAGUCACAGAUCUCUUGUCGAGUUUCGGGAGCGUUGCUCAUGGAGUCGUUCAACGGGCAUAUGGUCUCCGCAUGUCAGUCUGGUCCGAAGAGGACGAGGCAGCGCACAAAAGAAUGAUUAUUCCAGACCUUGUUGGUGAAACUACACUAACUUUCAUAUACGGCGACACUCUAUCACUUAAUGACAACAGCUCCCAGACAGUCCAGUACGCCUUUGAGCAUGUCGGUAUCACUGACGUUGCUCUGGACGCUGUAUGGACCGCUGGGUAUGGACAGUAUGUCGAUAGUCUGAAGGCACUCGCCAACAUCCUCGCAACCUCCACUGCUGCUAUAUUCUGUCGUCUUCAAGAGCACCGUGAUGGCGUUCGACGAAGCAUCAACUUUUCUGCGGCAGCCUUCAGGGGUAUAUACGACAAACUACUCCUCCUCAUCAAGGAAACAAUCAUGACUACUCCGCAUCUAUUGCAGAGGUGGGAGAAGUACAUCGUGCACCUCUUGAAAAGAGGGUGUAAGAUUGCUGGGAUCGACUACAGCCGCUACACUAUCAGUAAUCUACAAUCGUAA